UGCGCAUGCGUAAACCGGUGCACAAGUGGUGAAUUGRUUUUUCGUGAAUUGUGCCGGGAGAAAUUGGCCCGUUUUUCUUUCUCAGUAUUGUUCAUAUAGCAGUAAGCGCCACCCAGGCACGAAGAGAAGAUCUGAGCUGUAAAGAAUAUGCCCAAGAAUAAAGGUAAGGGAGGAAAGAAUCGUCGACGUGGAAAAAAUGAGAACGAGUCAGAGAAGAGAGAGCUGGUGUUCAAAGAGGACGGGCAGGAAUAUGCUCAGGUGAUUAAGAUGUUGGGUAAUGGGAGGUUGGAAGCCAUGUGUUUUGAUGGCGUUAAGCGGCUCUGCCACAUYCGAGGAAAACUCAGGAAAAAGGUGUGGAUUAACACGUCAGAUAUCAUUCUGUUGGGCCUGAGAGAUUACCAGGACAACAAAGCUGAUGUGAUCCUGAAGUACAAUGCAGACGAGGCCAGGAGUCUGAAGGCCUACGGAGAAUUGCCGGAGCAUGCCAAGAUCAACGAGACGGAUACUUUYGGUCCCGGGGAUGAUGAAGACAUCCAGUUUGACGACAUCGGAGAUGAUGACGAGGACAUUGAUGAUAUCUAAGGACCUUCUAGGGGAAGGUGUGAUUUUUACCAUCCGCUCUGAAAAUCAGCACAGGACUUCGAUACUUCUCUACCGGAAUCACUGUACCCUCUGCCCACAUUUGUGGCUGUGUUAAGUAGUGACGACCCGGCCCACACAACAUACUUCAAGGACGUUCAGCCCUCCCACUAACUCAUUGAUAACAUGACUGCAGCUGCUCGCAAUUUCUUGCGGUGUCCUUUUAAUGUAUUUAUAUCGAUUUCAUGUGGAGUGGAAUUUACUUACAAGUAUAGAACCUCUAGAUUUGCAAUAAAAAGAUUAACCAUUUUAUGUUUUAUCCUGCGUUCUUUAUAUUAGGAUUAAAUAUGUUUAUUGAUUACGGGAAACUGAUUUCUCCUGAAGAUGCCUCUGUAUCCUUUGGAAUGUUUCUUUAAUUCUAUAUCGUAUUCCGGUUAUGCCAUAUUGCAGUUAGAGAACGUUUUGUUUCUAUUGAUCAAUGCCAAAACGAAGGCUACAUAUCCCCACCUUCUGUUUUUCAACAGUCUGUAUUUUCUUUUGUUUCCCCAUGUGUAUUUUGUCUGUUGGUUUUGAUCAACUACCGGAUAAGUGUGUCACAAAGCAUCACUCGGUUCAAGGAAGUUAGGCCCACCUUUGAAAAACAUUCAGAUAUAGCUACUACUUUCUGAUUUAUUUCCUAAAAUAAUCUAGAAAAUUUGAUAUUUGUCAAUUAAACCAAUGUCCAUUUCAUGUUAUUUCAGAAUAUUUAGGAAUGCUAAUUGGCUGUUCCUGCUUUGUGACACCCCCCCCCCCCCCCGGCUGUGGUUUAGAGACUGCUGAGUUCUGUCAGAGGAAAUGGCUACCUCCUAACUAGCCUGGUGGCCCAGUCUGUUGCUGCUGGAGCCAAUUCCUUUGUUCCUUCACUGUCAUGCCAAAGAUGUCAUGUAAGGCUUGGCAUCUACAGAGGAGUUGGCUGCAGCUCAUACACAAUGGGACCAGGCUAGCUAAAUAUCACUGAACUGUGUCUUUAACACCAUACACAGCACUUGAGCUACUAUGAUGUAAUAAGGCUGAUUUAUAUAGGGAUUUCCAAUAAAGAACUUCAUUCCAUGGA